AUGAAAAAAGUGAGUGACGAACUGAACCCGGCGCGACUCAAUUCCAGAGCCUCGUCAUUACAAAUGCCCAUUGAGAACCACCCAGAGCUGCCACUCCGUGAUAAAUUAUCUCCACGAGCGCAUUUCCUGGCCUCCUGUGCUGCUAAAAAUCAAGUUGUCGUGCCUUUUCUCAUCCGCAACAGAAACACAAAAGUGUUUGACUUUUCGUUCCAAUCGCUCGGAGAUGCCUCCAUUUCUGCAUUUGCCAAGUGUCUCGUGCACGAUUUACCUUACGUGGAAGAAAUCAGUGUACGAGACAAUCGAUUGGGCGACGACGGUCUAAAUGAGUUGCUACGAGCUGUGAGUGAAGGCAGUUUGACGAUGAAUCUCCGUCGACUGGACAUUUCCCAGAACCAAAUCGGACCAAAAAGUGCUCAAACACUUCAGUCGUAUCUCGUGUCGCCAGCUUGCACUUUAGAAAUGCUCCACGUAGACAACGCUGAUAUCGACGACCACGAGUGUGCAGCAUUUAUGACUGCGUUUGAGAAGAAUCAGUCGAUCAAACGUCUCUGGAUGAGCAGAAAUUGCAUUGGCAAAGCGGAAAAUCUUAACGUUGUCCAGCCGAAUUUUACCACAGGCGGCGAAGCUAUUGCCAAAAUGCUGCACGUGAAUCCGGUUCUCAUACAUCUCGAUUUAUCAUGGAAUUAUCUGCGUCUUGAGAGCAGCAUUGCAUUGGCAAAUUCUAUCCGUGAUAACGGUACGUUGGUGGAGCUCAAACUCGCUUACAACGCGUGUUCAGAUGCUGGAGCCAUGAUGUUUGGCGAAGCUUUGCGCUUUAACAAGAGCUUACAAAUGCUGGAUUUGUCCUACAACAGUAUCGGCGUGAAAGGUGCGAUGGUGCUGGCAAAUGCCAUUCGUUCUAACUGCACCUUACGCACUCUUCAACUCAAUGGCAACAACAUCGGAAGAGAAGGCGGACAGUUGUUCAUGGCUGCACUUUGUGCGAACCGAGCCGAGGUCGGGUGUACUGUCGAAUUGCACGCAUGUAACCUGGGCGCUAAUAUCAUGCCCAUAGACUUUAACGUGCUAUCUCUGCCAGUAUUUAACGCGAAAUCCACUAGAAUAUUCAGUCCAAGAGAACCUGCUGGCAGAUAUUCGCUUAAUUUACGGGACGCUUACGAUAAAAUGAUAGCGAUGGAGCUUGUGCGUCUCGCCACAACUCGGAAAGGAUGUCGAUUCUUGCGUAUCGAGUACAAGUCUCCGACCGCUGCCAAACGAGCAAUUACGCUGAUUAAAAAGGAGAAUCUGGUGGUUGAGCAACAUAAAGGUGCGGGUACUAACCGCAGCGAUGGAGAAGAAACUACACUAGAAACCAGAGGACUGGAUGCGCUGUUCUCUAAUGUAGAUCGAGACAAAUCUGGAACGGUGGAUCUAGACGAACUUUUGGCAGUUCUAAAUCAGAUCGGACUUUUUCCUGAAAUGGAAAGUCUAGCUUCCAUGUUACAGAAAUUUGACUACAACAGAUCGGGGUUUCUCGAGGAAGGCGAAUUUAGUGCGUUCUUCUUCCACGCUGUGUUCCAGAUGAUUGACGAAGACCAAUCGGGUAAAAUCGACGCGGAUGAAGUCGAGGAAGCGUUCAAGAUGUUGGGAAUCCACAAUUAUGACGAGAAAGAAAUCGAAAAUGCGAUCACUACGUACGAUAUCAGCGGAGAUGGCGAGAUGGAGGAAUACGAAUUCGUCGAGUUCAUACAAGGCCAAUUGCUGGACCGAAUCAAGAGUAAACUACUCGGACGAGAUGAGGAAGGCGAAGACGACACGGAGGAAAAACCUCCUCUCGUCUCGCUGCUAGAUGCCUCGACUCAGAAACCCUGGAUAAUCCCUGAAGACGGUCAGUUGGAGAUCGAUUUCGUCUACGAUCGUGAAGCUUUCGCCACUAACGACGAGGCGUUUCGUCAGGGCAAAAUCUCGCGAGUUGGCCUUGAACUUUUGAUCCGAAAUAUUACGGAAGUAGCCACUUCCAAAGCGGAACAAGAUGAUCUCUUCCAUGUAGCCAUGUACGAUUCGGAAAUCCGACUGACGGCAGCUCAAGCGUAUCAGAUUCUAGAUGCUUGCCAUUAUUUGAAACCUGAGAGCAAGAAAAUCGAGGCAAUCGCGUUACUGCUGCCACAGAUGCUUACGGCAAAAGAAGCGCAAAUAUUCGUUGCUAGAACGUUGACACUGAUGCAACGGUGUCGUCUCAAAGCUCGAAUGGGCAGUGCGUACUCGGUUGUACUAGGGAAUCCGACAGCACAUUAUUCGUUCGAUUUGGCCAAGCACAAAGACCGGAUUGCAUUAAAUAAACUGGCAGAAGUCGCUCAGAGUGAGAAACUCUUCUCCAAGCUCCGAUCAGGUCGCGCUGACACAUCCCAACAUGGCAAUUGGGAGAAUUUCCGCAAUGAAGAACUGGAUGGCCAUAGUAUCGUGCUUACCAAUACUUUCUUUCAUUCACUACCUCGUCGAGGUAAACUGUGCUUCGACUACGUGAGUACCACGCGCCCGAAACGAGGCAAUAGGCAGAUCAGUGAUCGACGGUUUGACCAGCUAAUUGACUUGCUCCAAAUGGACGUCGUACUGCCCGAUGCACUGGGUUCUCUUGGUCCUACACGAGCCCAAAGAGCGAGAGGACAGCGACAACCGAAGCGAAUCGGAAAAGACUUGAAUGCUGAACGCACAGCAUCCCAAGAGCAAUCCGAAUUCUGGAACAAGACCCGUGCUUCUAUCCUAAAACGUGGCUGGGGCUUCGUAGUAGACCAUGCGUACACCUUUCGACUCACUGGGGCCACAAAGGAGAACGUGGGGCUCAAACUGGUGCAGAUCGAGUCGGCAAUUUGCGAUCGUUGGCUCUCGUGCGAACAGGCCUCCAAGAUUAUUGCCUGUAUGCCGGCAUCCUUCCACGCUCGACCGGAGACGGCCCGCAUUCUCUUCUCGAGGCUCAUCGACAUUGAUAAAUUCUACGGCAUCUACGACGCCAUGUCCAGAGCGGAGCAACAGGUGUGUUCGCAUAUACUGGGCUGGCUCAACAUCAUGAAUCCCAUGGCGCCGGAGCGGUUCUACGCACUUAACUUGUCGGUCUACGACGAGCGCGAGAUGACAAAGGUGCUGGUGGAUUUGGCUAUCGGGGAGCCGGGCGAGAACUGGCUGAACCAGAGCUUCACGUUGGUGCAGGGCGAAGCAGGUAUUCCAGGAUGGAAACUACCCAGUCGCUGGGAAAAGGAGGACAACAAGGAAGGCGGCGUGAACCGAGCAGGCUUUCUCGAGCUGGAAUAUUAUUCGGGGCAAGACCGAGGCUGUGCCCCCGUGGUCUCGCUGCGAAAGACGCUCAUAAAGCGUGUGCUGUGCGGGACUCGGCUCUAUUGUCUGUAA